AUUCACUAUAUCUGGUCUCCCACAGUACACAGAACAUGGAAAUGCAAUUAUUUCAGUAAAUAUAAACUGCUAAACGCCUUCUUGUGACUGCUAUCAGUGUCCAGCUGAGCACUGGUUAAAGCUUGUAGGAGGAGUUUUCUCUAGGAGGAUAUAGAACCUGACCUCUGUCUGGACAAUGUUGAUUGGCACUGUGCUGAUCACAUGCACUCUCCCAAGAAAAAAAAACUUCUCUAGCAAUACACACCAAAUUGAGCAUGUGCAGAGUUGUCUCCACACGAUAUGUCUUAUCAGGAGACACUGGAAGAAGGGGAGGAUCACAGAAGUCAGGAUCAAACAGCCUUUUUACACAAUGUAGAGGAUUAACCCCUUAGGUUUCACAGUGAGUAGAACAAGCAUGCUUUACUGCAUAUACAGACUGAUUUUACUGUUGUGGGUUUAG